CGCGUGAUCAACGUCUACACUGACGGCGCCUCGGCCGGCAACGGCAAGGCCAGCGCAAAGGCCGGCUGGGGCGUGUGGUUCGAAGACCCAGAGCUGCAGCACCUUAAUCGCGCCGGACGUCUUGCGGGCGAGACGCAGACGAACAACCGCGCCGAGCUGACGGCCAUCAUCCGUGCCUGUCAACUGUGUCCGAUGACGGGCGCACAGCUGCAGAUCUACACCGACAGCCAGUACUCUGUCAAGGCCAUACAGGAGUGGCAGCAAGGCUGGCGCCGCCGCGGCUGGCGCACCUCCAAUGCAGCCGCCGUGCUGAACAAGGACCUGAUCCGGCUGCUCGAGCGCGAACUGCGCAAGCACGUGCCGCGCCCGAAUCUCAUCUACGUCAAGGGCCAUGCUGGGCAUGUGGGCAAUGAAGCGGCGGAUCGGUGA